AAAAAAAAAAAAGAAAAAAAAAAAACUAAAAAACCAGAAAAUUAAAGAAAAGCGGCUUUCAGUAACGGGUUAAGGUUAAGAAUCUAUAAUGCCCAAAUACAUACCUGAUGAAAACCUAAAGGGUUUAAACCUAUACAAAUAUGGCGGUGUGGACAAAUCUCUAGUAUCCAGAUAUAUUCUGGGCCCUUACUGGAAUAAACUGAUCGAGCUUUUUCCGAUGUGGAUGGCGUAAUCAUUAACAAAUAUAGUGUUUCACAAAUAGAACGAUCAUUAACAUUCAGUGUAUUAGUCCCAAUAUGAUCACACUAUUGGGUUUAUUAACUGUAGUUGUAAAUGUAAUCACGCUGUUUUACUAUGCGCCUGAUCUUGGUGAAUGCCCGAAUUGGGUUUAUACAUCUUUUGGUAUUUGCUUGUUUGUUUAUCAAUCCCUAGACGCUAUCGACGGCAAACAGGCCAGACGUACGCAAACUUCUGGUCCAUUGGGCGAAUUAUUUGAUCAUGGUUGCGACGCCUUAAAUACAACUCUAGGUUGUUUGACUUGGGCCUCUUCUGUUCAUCUUGGUCAAAGUUGGUGGACAGUAGCAUCACUAUUAGCCAGUCUCGGUAACUUUUAUUUAUCGACCUGGGAGGAAUAUCACACCGGUAUUCUCUUUCUAGGAUACUUUAGUGGGCCAGUGGAAGGUGUUAUCGUGUUGUGUUGCAUUCAUCUCAUUUCUGGAUUCUUUGGUUCCUCUUUCUGGCUUUUGCGCGUUGACGAACUCCUCAACUUCAUUGACUUUUCUUCAUCAAAUUACAGUUUUAUGAAACUCAUUAGUGCUCUUCAGCUGAAUCACGUUAUCAUUAUCUUUGCUGGUGUUGUACUUAUCUUAAACAUAGUUGUUGGCUUCUUCAACGUCAUUAUGGUGAAGUUCUAUCCUACAGAAAAUGCUUUAGAAGACAGAUCCAUCUCUAAAGCUAUGCUCGGAUUAUUCCCCUUCGUCAAUAUGUGCUUUUGGUCCUACAAAUGGAUGCAAUUAUGGCCCGAUAUCGUUACUGAACAUCUUUCUCUUUUUAUCCUCUUUCUGGGAUUAUUGUUUGGUCACCAAGUUGGUCUCAUGAUUACAGCCCACGUCGCUAAAAUGAAAUUCCCUUAUGUGAAUGUGCCAGUUAAUCUUAUCUUGCUUUCAGGUUGUCUAAUUGCGUAUUUUGAAGACAAGUUACAAUUGUUUGUAGCCGUUGAUCACAGAUUUAUAGUUAAGAUUUACUUGCUAAUAGCUACUUUCCAGUAUUAUGAUCUGGCAAGUAGUGUGAUUGAAGAAAUUUGUACAUAUCUAGACAUUGGGUGUUUAUAUAUAAAAAAGAAAGCUACACCCACACCCGCUGUUCAAAAGAUAAAUCCCAAAUUCUAAGCAUAUCUAGGAGCAAUAACAAUGUAAAAUAUACGCUCCUUAUUAUAUCAUAAAUCACUAUUAUUCAUAAUAAAAUGUAAAGCAUAUGAA